AUGGACGAAGAGGAAAAUCUUCACAUUGAUCAGGACAAUGGUCUUGGUUCCGAUCUUCCUCAUUUUAUCCAGCCCUUUCCAGCAAACAUAAGUACUGGCGAUCUCCAAUAUCUUCAGUUGAAGGGAGUGUUAGCUUUACCGCCACUCGCAGUUCAAGACGCCUUUAUCGACGCAUAUAUAGAGCAUGUUCAGCCUCGGUUUCAUCUAAUCAGCAUCACUGAUUUAUACCGAAUGGUGAAUCAUCGCAAUGAUAUAGGCCCAGAGAUAAGCCUAUUAUUGUUUCAUGCAGUAUUAUAUGCUGCUGCUGCAUUUGUGGACUUGCAUUUUAUUCAAAAUGCGGGAUACGCAUCGCGUAGAGUCGCGAGGAAACAUCUAUACGAUAAGACUCGAUUGCUGUACACUAUUGGCUAUGAGAAGGACUAUCUCGUCGUGGUACAGUCCCUCUUACUACUAGCUGGCUGGUAUCAAACGCCAAACGAGCAUAAAGACAGCUGGUAUUGGGUUGGUCUGGCUAUAAGCACAGCACAGAGCACUGGAUUGGAUAAGAAUCAAACUGAGCAAACCGAAUUAUCUACCACUCGAACACACUUGGGAAGGCGAGUCUGGUGGUCAUGCUUGAUGCAUGAUCGCCUCAUUGCACUCGGCCUGCGAUACCCUUCAAGGUUAAAAGAAGGGGAUUACGACGUAGAUAUGCUCCAUGAGACUGAUUUUGAGUACGACGGCGUGGUCGAGCACAGCACCGCUCGCAGUAGCUUCCUUGGCCAAUAUAUUAACCAACUUCCUCAGUUGGCUUCUAUAUGUAUAGCAAGGGCUAAACUGUGCGUUCUCAUCGGCGAAGUUCUCCAUGAGCAAUACUUUAUUCUUCCUUGCUAUGAUCGUGCCCCGGGCACCAUAAAACGGUCUAUCAUGUUAUCACCAAGGAAGAAAUUCGAUAAUUUCAACUCGGCAGAUCUGAUAUAUUCGCAAUUAUGCAGUUGGAGGAGAGAACUACCUUACAGUUGCUGCUCGGAUGGGCAACUCAAACUGACCACUGGCGCUGAAAAGACGCCGGCUUCAUUACAGGGAAUCCUGCUCCAAAUGGAGUUUUACACUGCAGUAUCUGCUCUCUUCCGGCCUUAUGUUAAUCGGACUUUUAAUAACAACACCAGCCUUUCCAUACAGGAUCGGAAAUCGUGCUGCCGCCGCGUGCGGGACGCGGCCACGGAGGUCACCAAAUUGUUGACUAAUCUAGAACAAUCGGACUUAUACAGAUACAUGCCCAGCACCGGGGUCUCUAUUACCGUUUCAGCAGCCGUUGUUCAUCUUGCGGACGUGGUAGGAUUCAAUCCAUCCAAUCAUGGAAAAGCGCUGGCCUGUUUUCAGCUUUGCAUGCUCGUCCUCGAUCGCUUGCGGGAAAUCUACGUGGAGGCCGAUUACGCCAGCAACUACCUAAGCAACAUAUCAAAGAGUGCUACGCGAUCGGCAUGCAUUGCAUAG